AUGGCCCCCGGAGUGUCGCUGUUCUCGGUCAAUGCGAUCAUCAUCCUCGGUGUCGAAGACGGGUCCAGGAUAUUUGCGAAAUACAUGCCAAAUGCUACCAAGGGCCAAUCCAGCGGUCUCGCAGACACAAAGUCGCAGAAGCUAUUCGAGAAGGGGCUUCUGGAGAAGACGGCGAAACAGACAGGCGACAUCAUCCUCUACGAUAACCAGAUCGUGCUCUACAAGCAGGAGGGGGACUUGAUGCUCUAUCUUCUUGGGGGUACACAGGAGAACGAGAUCCUGCUAUACAAUGCCCUACUCGCACUAAGGGACUCGCUACACCUCCUCUUCCGGCAAUCGGUGGACAAGAGGACGGUCAUCGAGAACUACGACCUGGUGUGCCUGGCAAUCGACGAGAUCGUGGACGACGGAAUCAUUCUGGAGACGGACCCCACGAUCAUCGUACAGAGAGUCAGCAAGGCCCCUGCACAGGACGUCAACCGCAUCGACCUCAGCGAACAAGGAGUGAACAAUCUGGCACAACUAGGAAAGGCCAAGUUGACGGAUUGGUUGCGGCAGGGUCUGUGA